UUCACAUAAUCUGUGCAAACACAGCUGAUUAUUGUUUUGGUUGAUAUUUGACAAAAUCUAUAAUUCCUAUAAAAUGUAUUGUUGUGUCGAGAUUUAUAAAACAAAGCUUUGUUAAAUAAACUACAUAUAAAUAAAGACAAACAAGGAAUUUAAAUUUUAGUCGUCACAACAAAACGUAUAGUAUCCGUAAGUUAUUUUAAAAAUUAGGAAACUAAAAUGAGAAAACCCUUCUCUAUAUUUACAAGAAAUUUAUCACACAUUUGUAAAUUAAAACCCUACAAAGAUACUAAAUGGCUCAUGCCUAACGGCAAUCCCAUUGGUGUGUUUGUCUAUAAUUGUGUAGCCGAACAAAAAGUUCCCAUAAUCUUAAAUGACCCUAAAAUUGCUACAUGGUAUUCCUGUGGGCCAACAGUGUAUGAUUCUGCACAUAUUGGUCAUGCUUGCUGCUAUGUAAAGCUUGAUAUCAUACAAAGAAUACUCAAGAAUUUCUUUAACAUUAAGCUUGUCACCGCAAUGGGCAUCACUGACAUUGAUGAUAAGAUAAUAAAAAAGGCCAAAGAAACAAAUAUGGAUUACAGUUCUGUUGCUAAACAAUAUGAACAUGAAUUCUGGCUAGAUAUGACCAGUUUAAAUAUAGAAAAACCAAUGAUUAUAUCACGUGUAUCUGAUCAUAUGAUGACUAUAGAAAAUUUUAUAAAAACUCUGCUUGAUUUAAAGCAUGCAUAUAUUACUAGUGAUGGAUCAGUUUAUUUUGAUACAUCAACAUUUCAAUUAUAUGGAAAAUUUCAACAAACACACAUGAUUGGUGAUCCUACUAAUGAAUUUAAAAGGAAUAAGAUGGAUUUUGCUGUUUGGAAAGGAUAUAAACCAAGUGAACCAAGUUGGAGAACAGCUUGGGGUGAAGGAAGACCAGGUUGGCAUAUUGAGUGUUCUGCUAUGGUCAGUAAGAUAUUUGGCUCUCAGUUGGAUUUUCAUGCAGGUGGAAUCGAUCUAAAAUUUCCACACCAUGAAAAUGAAGAAGCUCAGUCUUGUGCUUUUCAUAGUACUAAACAAUGGGCAAACUAUUGGAUUCACAUAGGUCAUAUGAACAUGAAAGAGACAAAAAUGUCAAAAUCACUUAAAAAUACUAUAUCAGUACCACAUUUAUUAGAAAACUACAGUGCCAAUACUUUUAGAAUGGCUUGUCUGUUGUCAAAUUAUAAACAUCCAAUGGAAUAUAGUGAUGAAAUGAUGGAAAUGGCCCAAGAUGUAGUUAAUAAAAUUAAAUUCUUUUUAAAAGAUGUUUCCUUUUAUGUCAACUCUAGUGAUUCAACAGGCAUGUAUAACCUUAAGUUAAUGAAAAACUUGCAAGAUGUUGAAGAAAAAAAUUUAGUGGCACUCCAAAACGACUUUGAUACACCUACAUGCAUUCAUUCUAUGCUGAGUUUAAUCGGAAAUGCACAUACGGUCAUGAAAAUGGAUACAACCAACUUCUUUCCUAUUCCUAUAGUUUUAAUAGCCGAGUAUGUACUUGAUAUGUUAUCAAAAUUUGGACUUCAAUUGAAAGACACUAGCAGUCAAAUAUCCUCAGAUUCUUUAAUUGAUACAUUAGUAGAAUUUAGACAUACUGUAAGGUCAAGUGCAUUAAAAACAAAAGAUAAAGAAUUAUUGGCAGCAUGUGAUUUAGUUAGAGAUAAUAUGAAAGCCGCCAAUGUGCAAAUAAAUGAUAGUAAAACAUCAUCUUGGGUGAGAAUUAAGUAAUAAGUGUUUACCAGUUUUACAUCCGAAGCUCAUCCUGUGACUAUUUCUAUUGGAGUUCAUUUUGCAAUAGCUUAUACUGAGGGUAAAAGUGUCUUGUUUUAUUUUUUUGAAUAAUGAUACUCAGUGAAAUUACAUCACUGAUAUUAUGAAUAUAAUUUUGUAUUGGAAAUAAAUAAAUCAUAAUUACAAAUA